CCUUCCUUGCAGAAGAGGUGAAGAAUUAAGUCAGAAACAACAGAUGAAAAGAGAGAAAGGUUGAGACAACUUCUGUAGGUUCUAGUUAAGAAUAGUUGUUGGAAAAGUAUCCCAGGAAGAAUCUUUAGCAUCCUGGGCACGGUGCUUUCUAAUCUGGUGUUUUUCAACUUUCACCCUUCUAAAUCUCUGGGAUCUUGGUGUCAGGGAUGUCUGAAAGAAUUAGAACCAGCAGAGCUUCUGCCUCCUUAUCAUUCCUGGUCAUCAUACUUCUGGCUCUUCUCGCCUCAUCAGCUGCUGCAACAGAAAGGAAGGCCCCAAGAAGAAUAUUCCGAGUACGCCCUCGACCAGCUGGUGACAGAUCAUCUGUUCUACAGGCAUUGGGACUAAGAACUACACGCAGAUUUCGAGGCUAUUUGCCUAGUCCUGGAGAGAGCGCAAGGAAGAUAAAUUAUGCUCCUCUUAAGCAAAGUGCUCAGAACCAAGACAAUAAGCAACGUGCAUCUGAGUCAGUGCACGUGGUCUCAUUACCAUCAACGAAUUCUCAGAGGAAAAGCCAGCCAGUAUAUCGGGCAGCUGUUACAAAGCUUAAAAUUCCAGAGGAAACCCAUUUUGUGGAACUAAAAGAUGUCAGCGUGAGAGUCAUAUCUUCUCAAUCUGUGCUUGUUUCCUGGGUAGACCCCGACUAUGAAAAGUCACCAAAGGUUGGCUCAAACAGACAGUACGCUGUGCGCUACAGAGAAAAAGGAGAAUCUGCUCGAUGGGAUUACAAGCAAGUUAACACAAGGCGUGCAUUGGUGGACAAAUUAAAUCCUGAUGCUAUGUAUGAAUUUUCUGUCCGUGUUUCUGUAGAAGGCACUGAGGGCCAAUGGAGCUCUUCUGUUUUUCAAAGAACCCCUGAAUCUGCUCCAACAAGUGCCCCAGACAACUUUGAUGUGGACCCAUUAAAGGGAAAAGGAACAGCUGUAAUGGCAAAAUGGGAUGAUCUUGAUGAUGCCAAUGGCAAGAUUAAAGAAUACAUUAUCUCAUAUGCUCCUGCGCUGAAACCAUUUGGAGGCAAAUCCCUGUCCUACUCUGGAAGAACUACUUCAGCCAUAAUAGAAGGCCUGCACCCUGGGGAACGUUACAUUUUUAAAAUACGAGCAGCGAAUAGGAGGGGGCAGGGCCCACAGUCUAAAGCUGUUACAGUCAUUAUGCCCCUAGCCAGCACUGCAUCCAAAACUCUACAUCCUUCAUUUCAAAGAAAGGAUGCUGAUGAACUUGAAGAAAAACAAGAAAAAGAUGAUUUGUUAUCAACUUCAGAAGAGACUGAUAACUUAAAGUCUAAUUUUAAAACUGAUACAGAAUCAGAAUCUAAUACUAAAUCAUCACAUGCAGGUGUUAGAAAAAACCCUCUAGAAUCCAGCAAGAAAACUGUUGAUACAGAAUCCAGUCCUCAAUCAACUGAAAUCACUUUAGACAUUAAACCUACAACACCAAAGCCAAAAUUUCUACCCAUUGCUCCAAGGAGGCGAGUUCGUCCUAUUGUAAUAAAGAGACCUGUCUUAAACAAUGGAAGAAGACCUCUAAGAAAAUAUCCUACAGAAGUAGAACAAAAAGAGCCAGAUAAUAAACUUGUUUCCCCUACACUUUCCAUAGAUGAAGACAAUGAAACCAGUGACCCAAAAGUAGAUGAUUCAGACAAUGAUUCCCUUACUGAAAGAAAUCCUCCCUCUAAGGUAAUGGAACCUAAUGAGAACCAAGAGGAGGAAGAACACCAGCUUUCAGAUUAUAAUGAUUCAAAGAAUGUAGUGACCAACAUUUCACCAUUAGAUUCUAUAAAGACUGAAACAAGUAUCUCUGGGAACAAAGAUGAUAGUGAACUUGAUUUAGACAUAAGCAAAAACAUGCCAGAAUCCCUUUCUACUAAUGCCCCUAAAAAAGAAUCAACCUAUUCAAACCACAGAAAACCCUUAAACAGGUUUCCAGUUAUUCAAGGAAAUGGCAAAUCUUCUUCAAGCUCAGUUAGGAUUCCAACACGUAACCAGCCUAAUUAUGCUUCUAAAUUGCCAUUAACAAGUGUGCAUCAAGCAGAGAAACAAACUAGUGAAAGUGAAGAAAAAACUAAAAAUGUUUUUGAUAAAAAUCCAGAAAGGACAAAUACCAGUCCUACCCAAUCUAUCAUUCAUCCAAAACCUCGCUCUAAAAUAGUUUCCUCUCAAAAAACUGUUCCUCGUAUAAAACCCCAAACACAACCAUCUGUCCAUGUAAACAAAGCCAAAGAAUCAGGACCUCAUAUUACAAAUAAUUUAAGAAAUCAUGAUGUUGAUAUUAGUGUUGAAACAAAGAAUACAGAAGACAGAAGCAAAUAUUCAGAUUUUAGGGAACACGGAUCCUCAAAAACCCCUGUACAGAAAUUUCCUAACAUACACACCAGUUCAACAUUGAGUUCAUCUUCUGAUACUAAUCCCAUUUCAUCUGAUGAAGAUUCUGAUCAUAUAUAUACAGAGCAAACAGAGAACGAAAAAGAAGCCUUUGCACCUGAGCACAAUAAGAUACAAACAGCCAUUAGCAAUACUGCAAAGGACAUCUCUACAAGUACUCCUAUUCCUACUACCACUAUUUCUACCACAACCACCUCUUCUACAACUAAACCUCAAACUACAUCUACAUCUUUCAAGCCAAAUAUAAGAGAAAAACCCCAUACAGAUUUGGUGCCAUCCUUCACUGGAAAAUCUGCAUUAUCAAUUCUAGAAUAUUACAGAAGAAGGAGCAACCAAGUAAAUCCAAAUGUUGGCAGUAGACUUACUUAUAGAAACAACUUAAGGGUUCAGGCUACUACAAGUACUACUGUGGCAACUACAACCAUGUCAACAACAACAACAACAACUGUUCCAACAACAUUAACCUCAAAAUAUAUAGAAGAAAAUAGCCAUAGCAGAUCAAUAGAUACUAAAAGGGAAAAUGGAAAAUACAACUUAGGGUCAUCUUUGUUGCCUUCAAAACCUACAGUACAUAUUAAAACAGAUCACCAAUCUCCUAAUGAAUUUGAACCAAAUGUUAAUGUAUCUCCAACUUCCCAAACACCUAGUGAAGCUGCUGAAAAAUCCUCUUUACCAGCACUUGUCAGCACUAAGAAAACAAAUACUUAUAAUGUACCAUCAAAAACAAAUAUUUUACAGCCUAAAUAUAAAAAAGUAAUUGCACCUAAAGUCCCUAUGAGAGACAACAGAAAGGUCUCUGCUGGUUCAAUUCUGAACCAAAAAUUUCCUAAUGAUCGUCAGUCAUCUGCAUCUAACAGGAAGAGUAAUAUUUCUUCAGACAAUUCCAACUUAGAAGAAACAGAGAAAAUAUCUGACAUUUCUGUGAGUACAUCUGAUCUCAUAUCUCCUUCAGCAUCAAGCAUUCAUUCUAACAAAGGUUCCUCCUUACCUUUUCCAAACCAUAAAUCAAAUAACAUUCAAUCUAAGAAUAAAGAAGGAAUAUAUCAAGCAAAUAGCGAGACCAUCAUUCCGUCUGUAGCAUCAUAUUCCUACUUACCAUCCAACAGAAAUGUUGGCAUUAGAAAAACAUCCCUGGGUAGACCCCACCAAAAUCUUACUUAUUUACAAUCUGGUGUUGGUUCAUUUUCAGAAGCUGGACAAAAUACAAAUACACAAAACUUGCCAAAAGCUGUUGCCUCUGAUAAACACACUUCUUUAUCCAAGGCACUGCCUGGUUCAAAGCCAAGAGUUAGUUACAAAGUACCUAUGAGACUUUCAGUGGAUGGAAGAAAGAUCAAUAAACCCAACAUAUCACCUUCAAUAGAAAAGGAUCAGACAAAGCAAAUUUCAGCUUCUCUUCCAAAAGCUCAACUUCCUACUGGAAGGAAAGAUGAAGAUUUUCACAAAACAUCUAUAAAAACGCAGUCAACAGCACAAGAGGAAAGCCCUACUUCAUCUUUAAGUUCAAAUUCCCCUUCAUUGUCUUCUUCUGAAAUGCUUACAAAUGGAAACAUUAAAAAGAAUGAUUAUGAAAAGAAUAACUUUAUGGAUUCUUCUUUUUCUCAAGUACAAUCUACAAAUCUAGAAGAUGAGGAAGGCUUAAGUGCCCCUUUAACACUAAAAGACAUUCCUCAAAGAUCAUCGGGGACCUCCUCUAAAUAUUCAGUUGUGCAAAAGAAAACAAGUAGUACAACUACAGUUAUGCCUACCACAAGUCACCCACAGCUUACCACCAGAACCUCUCCAUAUCGACUAAUUCCUUCAUUCUCUAGAAGACAAAGUUUUGGUAGACCAUUAUUAUCUACAGCUACACCUCCACGAACAACUACUGUUUCACCUACUAGUUCUUUAUCAUUACGUCAAAGGAUAAUAAAUUCAAGGCUUCGUUCUCCAUUACGAAGGCAAUUUGGAAGACCACUUUAUAGGCAAGGUAACAAUGGAAGGCCAAAUCUAAUACCAAGAGUGGACUCAAAUGGGGAUGUCCCAUCUGCUACUAAUGGACAAAGAAUCAUCCAUGGCCCUCAAGGAACAAAGUGGGUUGUUGAUCUAAAUCGUGGAUUAGUUCUUAAUCCAGAAGGAAGGUUUCUUCAGGAUUCUGAAGGAAAACCGCUUCGUAUAAAGUUGGGAGGAGAUGGUCGAACCAUUGUUGAUAUGAAUGGGGCUCCUGUUGUUAGCCCUGGUGGAUUGCCUCUCUUUGGAAAUGGUAGAUUUAGCAAACCUGUGGCCAAUGCACAAGACAAGCCAGUGUUGAGCCUGGGGGGAAGACCAUUGAAGGGUCUUGAAGUACCUAGAACAACAAGAAUACCAACUACAAGACCAACAACUACCCCCACAACCACUACAACUACAACCACCACUGCCACCACCACUACCCCUCCUACGACUACACCUGAACCAACAACUAUUGAACAAACUACAGAGGAACCCCCAAUGCCUACCUGUCCUCCAGGCACAUAUUCACAGUAUGAUGAAGAAGGAAAUCUGAUCAUGGGACCUGAUGACAAGCCCGACUGCUACACAGAAGAUAGCUUUUCAGGACAAGAUCUGAUUGUUACCACCGAAGCUUCUGAAAUUGUAACAUACAUGGAUCUUGAUGAAGAUAAUUAUUUAAUUGAGACCACUGAACCUCCCAUUAAAUUAACAACUAAACCUCCAACUCUUCCUGAGGAUCCAGAAAUGAAGUCAAUUACUUCAAACCUGGUAUCAGAAUAUGACAUUGCUGGAAAGAAGAGAUUUACUGCUCCUUAUGUGACUUAUAUAAGUAAAGACCCAUCUGCACCCUGUUCUCUAACUGAGGCCCUGGAGCAUUUUCAAGUGGAAAAUCUGGAAGAAUUACUACCCAAGGACAUCAGUGAGCCGAUUCUACCUCCCCAGAAAAUAUCCUACAACAUCACUGUUGUGGCAGUGGAAGGCUGCCAUUCUUUUGUCAUUCUAGACUGGGCCAAACCCAAAAAGGGGGAUUUUAUUACAGGAUACUUAGUUUAUAGUGCAUCUUAUGAUGACUUCCUGAGAAACAAGUGGUCAACGCGAACUGCAGGAGCCACCAGUUUCCCUGUUGAAAAUCUGAAACCUAAUACAAGAUAUUACUUUAAAAUUCAAGCAGAGAAUCCUUAUGGCGUAGGACCAAUGAGCCCUCAUGUAUCAUUUGUUACAGAAUCAGAUAAUCCACUGCUCAUAGUGAGACCACCAGGGGGUGAACCAAUCUGGAUUCCAUUUGCAUUCAAGCAUGAUUCAAGCUUCUCCGGCUGCAGUGGCAAACAAUAUGUUAAACGCACAUGGUACAGAAAGUUUGUGGGUGUUGUGCUCUGUAAUUCUUUAAGAUAUAAAAUUUACCUCAGUGAAAAUCUAAGGGAUACAUUUUACAGCAUAGGAGACAGCUGGGGUCGAGGUGAAGAUCACUGCCAGUUUGUGGAUUCUUACAUGGAAGGAAGAACGGGACCUAUGACUUAUGUAGAGACAAUGCCUACAGUCAAUGGUUAUUAUCGCCAGUAUGUUCAAGAGCCAGUGUCGUUUGGCCAAAUCGGUUUUGGAACACCACAUAACUACGUGGGCUGGUAUGAGUGUGGAGUGCCCAUUCCAGGCAAAUGGUAACAAAACAGGUGGUCUCGUCACGAAAUCCACAAUGAUUUGCACCUAUACAAGCCUGUACCAUUCAACUGAAUGGAUGGAUUUACAGCACUGUUGAAAGAAUAGGACCAAAAGAUUAAUAUAAAACUAUACGUUUCAAACAAAAACACUGUCAAUCUGAAUAUGUGGUGCUGCAUUACUGGGACUCUGUUGUAGUGUUCAAUCGUUCCUGCAUUAAGAUAUGGUUGCCUUGGCACAACCCUCACUCAGUGAAAUCCUUUGACCACAAAAACCUGGAUAAAUCCUGUAACUUGCAAGAAUGAUGGCAUGCUGUGCUUGCUUCCUUGUAAGCUAAACAACAUUGUGGGAAACCCUCAGUCUGGCAGACUUUUGCUCUUCAAUUAAAUAUCACCCUAACGUAUGCCAUCUUAAUAAACCUUGAAACAUUUCCAUCUUAGCAAAGUGUAUAUAAUAACAUUUAUAAAUAUGUUGUGCUUUUAAAAUGGUGAUGCAAAGGUAGAACUAAGUGAAAGUGUACUGCUUAGAUGGGAAUUUUGGGUACUAAUCAGGGAUCUACUUUUAAAUUAGUACUGAUACUCUGUAAACACUGGAAAUAUUGAAAAUGUUUCCAUUCUAUUUAAAUAUCUCAUUCAGUAUUCAGUUCUUUUCUCUGAAUUAAUGAAUACUUUCCAGUGUCAUUUACUAUAAUUUUCUAUGGUGUAUAAUUCCCAAGAGACCAUUUACAACACAGGUGUAGGUGCAGUAACCCACAGCAACCAAUAAGAAAUAUAGUUUGAUUUCACUAAUAGUUAUGGAAAAAUCUAAUAAUUGGUCCUAAGUUUUCUACUUGCCUAGUAACCCAUAGCAACCAAUCAGCAGGUAGCAUGUACUGGUCAGCAGUUUAAAAACAUCUGAUUGGUUCCUAUGGGUACUAGAGAGAAAACAUUACACUUUUUAUUACAUUACCACUUCUGGAAUAAUAAAAUCAAAUGUCAGAUGUUGCCAUGAGCUUCUGCAUUGAUGCACCUAUGUUAGUUAAUUAGUUAAUUAGUUAGUGUCUCAGCCUAUUCUCUUUUCUCACAUCCAUUCUUUGUGUGAUGCCUGCGGCGCAUUUAAACACGAAAACAAUUUGCAUGGUCAUGCUUAGGUGUAGCAUUCAUAGGUAACCCGGCAAAUGCAUCACUGACUAACUUAAAGUGAUACUGACACUAAAAAAAUUCAAAAUAUUAAUGUACAUUAGGGGGGUGAUUUAUAAAUGGUCGAGU